AAUUAAUAAAUAUAUAUAAUUAUUAAAUAAUAAAAGUGUUGGAUAGCAAUAUUAAUAUAUUAGAUAAUUUAUUUGUUGGAGUAUUAAAUAUUAUAUACAAAAAUGGCAUCAAUUACGACUUUCAAUGCUGACACAGCUAAAGCUGCACUGGGGGAUGUACUGUCAGCUCUGAAUGCCCCAGAAAACGUCCAAAAAUUAAGCGAAGCCAAAGAGAGCUCGGGAAAUGAAAUGUUGAAGAUGAUGCAGUUUGUGUUUCCGAUAGUUACGCAAAUUCAGAUGGAUGUUAUUAAAAAAUAUGGAUUUUCCGAGGGUAGAGAAGGUACCAUACAGUUUGCACAAUUUAUUCGUACUCUGGAACGCGAAGAUCCGGAAAUAGCGAGGCUUCAUAAUCAAGUAAGAAGUUAUUUUUUGCCAUCCGUUGCCAGCAGCCCUUCUGCAGAAGCUUCUCUUUAAUUUUACUUUGUUUUUAGAAAUUUUUAUUAUUUUUAUCGAGUAUUAAUGACUGCCAUGUAUUAAUUUAUAACAAAUAAAUAUUAUUUGACUAAAAUUAUUUUUCUU